GGCGCGCGGUCCGGAGUGCUCCGGCGGGCGUGAUGGCUCCGGUCGUGCAGCCGGCGGAGAUCCAGUUCGCUCAGCGGCUGGCGUCCAGCGAGAAGGCCGUCCGCGACCGGGCGGUGAGGAAACUGCGCCAGUACUUGAGCGUGAAGACGCAGAGGGAGACAGGUGCUGGGGCGCAGAAGACAAACAGCAUCCCUGCCCUCGAGGAACUUUAGCAGUGAAGCGAGAGGGAAGUGGCAAGUAGAAUAGAGCGCAUGUGUGCAGGAAAGGCAGUGAAGACCAGGGAGUGGAAAAGUGAAUGAGGGCGCUCCUCUCCAGAGGCUACUGGGAGAGCCUCGCACGGUGAUGUCCAACCGAGAUCCGGACAGACCGGAGAGGACGCCGGCCGUGCAGACGCAGGAAAGAGCUGAGCUGAGCUUGCCCUGGGAACGGUGGGAAGACCAGAGGUUUCAGUCAAGAAGAACUCUUAAAAAUCUGGAAAGGACUCUUCUACUGCAUGUGGGUGCAGGACGAACCCCUCCUGCAGGAGGAGCUGGCAAACACCAUCUCCCAACUCAUCCACGUGAUUAACAACUCCGAGGCCCAACACCUGUUCAUUCAGACCUUUUGGCAGACAAUGAAUAGAGAAUGGAAGGAGAUAGACAAGCUACACUUGGACAAAUACUACACGCUGACCCGCCUGGUCCUUCGGCAGUCCUUUGAAGUUCUGAAGCAGAACGGCUGGCAAGAAAGCCGAGUCCAGCCUUUCCUAGAUGUCCUGACAAAAGAGCUCCUGUGUCCCGAGAGUCAAUCUCCCGAUGACAUCAGGUUCCACUUCAUCGACAUUUACCUGGACGAGCUGUCCAGAGUCGGAGGACGGGAGCUGCUGGCAGAUCAGAACCUCCAGUUUAUUGACCCGUUCUGCAGGACUGCUGCCAAGACUCCGGACCACGCGCUGGUGCAGAGGAUCGCCCGGGCUGUGUUUGAGGUCAUCGCAGAUCAGUCUUCCUGGGUCCCUGAAGGGACCGUGGAGGAGCAGAAGAUGAAUGGGGUUGACGAUGCCCUCUCUGGAGAAGAGAUCCCUGACAGUGAGACCCCGUGCAAAAAAGCAGCGAGGAGGAAGGCAGCACUGGACAAAUGCCACGCCAGGAGAGGUGGGAUCGGUGAAGACAGAGAAGGACGAGACUGUGGACCUCUCGAGGACACAGGGCGGCUUCUCCAGUUUGACUAUAAGGCCAUUGCCGACCGACUCGUAGAAGUGACCAGCAAGAAAAACAUCCCUCCCUUCAACCGGAAGCGCCUGUGCAAGCUAAUCAGGAAGUUCCGGGGCCUCUCUGCAGGUGGUGCAUCUGUGCUUGGUUUCCCUGAGGAGGUGUCUGCAGAUGAAAAUGACCAUGCUGUCAGCCAAGGAAAAAAGAAGAAAAAGAGAAAGAAACCUUUGGAGCCAGCUGGGCUGGAGCCAGAGCCUGAGGGAGGAAACACAGCAAGUCUUGCCAAAGGCAAGGACAGUGAAGGCGGCCUUCAGAAGAAGAAAAAGAAAAAGAGGAAGAAGAACCACAUCCAGCACGAGACCUGUGACCCCAGCGAUGCAGCCGUCUCCCUUGAGCAGCGUGGGAACGGCCAAGCUGGGGGCAAAGAGGCUAUGCCCAGCGCCGGGGGCAAGGGUGGCGUAGAGCAGUCCUGCACCACCUCUGGGCGCAGUAAGAGGAAGCGGCAGAAGAAGAGGAGCCUGAAGGCACAGGGUGGGGUCUGGGGACUUAUAGCGUCACCCCAAGAGGACAGCGGGCAUCCUCUAGCCCCUGCUGCCCAAGCUUCAGCAGAUGGAGCCCAGGCCCCUAAAAGAAAGCGGAAACUCGGGGCUUUCCCGGUGAACGGCAGUGGACUGGCCACGCUAGCUUGGCCUCAAGCACAGAAGGAAGGAGACGGUGGCCAGGCCACGCUACCCCAGUGCAGGAGGCCUCAACAGAAGGAAGCGGAGCCGUGGAGCCGUGACCUCUUUCCUCCGUCCAACCAGGAGACUGCGGUCUCCAAGAAGAGGAAGAAGAUGAAGGAGGUGUCAAACUUGGAGAACAACGGUGUCCUGAGGUCCAGGGUUGGGCAGUGCCAGGCUACGGACAGCAGCAGGACGCUCAGCCCUGUGAAGAAGCCACUGAGGAUGGAGAAUGACUUUGUGAGGUUCAACACCUGCCUCUUACCAAAGCCCCUGUUCUUCAGAAAACCAAAGAGCGCAGCUGCCGCCUGCCCCCCGGAUCCUGCCGCCCAGUCGAGCAAAACCCCACCCAGCUCCAAGAAAGUCACCUUUGGGCUGAACAGGAACAUGACAGCAGAAUUCAGGAAGACAGAUAAGAGCAUCCUGGUCAGCCCCACGGGCCCCUCCCGUGUGGCCUUCAACCCCGAGCAGAGGCCCCUCCACGGGGUGCUCAAGACGCCCACUGGCUCGCCUGCCUUGACUGCCACUCCCAAGAGGAGGCCGAAAGCCUCGGACUUCUUCUGACGCACAGAGCCCCUUUUUAUAGACUGCUUUUGUACAGAGUAUUCUAUAAAUUAAUUAUAACUUUGAAAGCA